UAUUGUACGCGUUUAAAAAUGAAGGCACCGGACGUUACCUCGUUUGGCACAACGGUGUGAACACAAUCGCUAAAACCAAUGAUACGGAUAAAGAUUAUAUCACGUGGCAUACAUUUAAGACAACUGAUUAUGCUGAAUGGCUGCCUGGAGACGACUGGUUUACCAUGGUACACUCAGACAACACCAGUCACCUGGUUAGGUUGACCAAAUCGUCCGAUCCUGAUCAUGGUGAUUAUCCAAUUGGCGACUCCCGUGAGACUGGCGUUUCGGGGAAUUACU